GCAGCAGCAGCCGGAGCGCGCAGCGUGCCUCGGUGUGACGGUGUCACGGCUCGUUGGCAGUCUGCAGCCCGGAUGGAGGCAGCUCGGUCCGCACGGCUGACCGUCGUACCUCUCGGCCUCGGUGGUUAAUAUGGAAUAUUUUCACCGAGCGAGCUGCCAGAUGCAUUUGCACCGGCGGAAAAAAGCAGCCCUGUAGUAGCGCAAAUUAGAAAAGCAGCUCACUUCGCCGUCCUUGAUGGCUUCUGGCUCCGGAGACGAGGAGGGAAACACGGAAGGCGCUUCAUGGAGGCUCAUAGGCCCAGCAGCGGGGCUCUCCAAGAAGCGCUGCCGUCUCAUGUACUCCUCCCUCGGCUACGACUCCGAUGUCUGCCUCUUCUACGUGAAGGGGGAGUUUUUUGCCAUGGAUGCUCGCUGUGCGCACUCCGGCGGUCCUCUGUGUGAGGGGGACAUCGAGGAGGCCGAUGGAGUCCUGCAGGUCUUCUGUCCCUGGCACGACUACAACUUUGACCUCAGGACCGGGAAGUCAGGGACCUCCUUACAGCAACAAGUGUAUGAAGUCAAGCUGGAGGAUGGCAACGUAUACGUGAAACAUGCCAGCCGUCUCUCCUUGGAGCCUUUUCCUGCGGAUCAGAAGAGUUGAGCAACCUCAGCACAACCACCUCAUCCUCCAGCCCUUCGUGAAGCUGUUGUUGAGGUCUAUUUUUAAGACUUGUUCCACAAACCCAAGCCAUCUGAAACAUUCCUAAGCCUUAUCUGUCAUUUUCACAGACCAUUUCUACUUUGAUUGCCGUGAACUCAGGACAAUAUCGAGAGGAUUGUCUGAAGAGGACAUGACAUCAUGAGAUUGUUUCAGAGUUUUUCUUGUUGGCAUUCCAGGUAGAGAUAACACACCAGACAGUAGCAAACACAUGGAAACACAACAUUUAAAUUUUCACAGCAGAUAGGAGAAGAAACCAGCAUAUUUAAUCAAUGGCAGAACAGAAGCGAUUUUCCAAUACUGAUAAUUUUCUAGAUUUUUAAGGAUUCUUGAGGAAGGUAAUUAUUUCUGAUGAACAUGCCAUAGAUUGAAAUGUAUUCUGACAUUUUUGUCUUCCCACUUGAGCAGUCAAACUUGCACUAGCCAUUACAUCUUAUGUUGAAACCUGCAAACUGCCAAAGUGGAUCUGAUAGGGUUCUUACGGUCAUGAAAUUCCUGGAAAAGUAUUGAAAUGAGAAAAACUGUCAUCCAGGCCUGGAAGUGGUUUGGAAUUAACAAAAUGUUUUGGGGGAGUUUUGAAUAUAUAUUGUUUUGGCUAUUGUUUAAUACAUGUUCAUAAAUAUCCGAAAACAUGUCUAAUGUUAUGUGAAAAAAGUUCCUAUGCGAAAAAUGUCACUGGUAUCAUGUGGUACACAUAGACCACACCGGCAUUGUGCAGUCGCCAAGAUUACGCCCCUGUUUUGGGAGAAAAAACGCGUCGUCACAUAAGAGGAGAAACAAGAAAAUGAUGAAAAGCUGUUGUGUAGUGGGUUAACCGAGACUCUCACAAUAAAAUAUGAGGCAUGUUA